AUGAAGAAGUUGCUAGUUUUGGUUGGAAUUUCUAUUUUACUAAGUGCAGGGAAUGCCCAACAAAAUAGAAAUGGCACACUUUCGGAUGUAAUAACAGCACAAGCAGAUAGUGAAGCUAACAGUGAAGCUCCCGAUAACCCAACAACAUUCCCUGCUAAUGAAAAUGCCCAACUGGCAGAUAACCUUCGUCAAGAAAUCGAAAGGCGACGCCAGGAACGACAACAAAGAAUAGAAGAGCGUCGUGCAACCAUUCUGCAAAACCUAGAAAAUAUGAGUGAUCGGAAACGGGAGUACGAGCUACGUCGUCAAGAACGGCUACGUCCCAAUCAGGAACUGAUAGACGAUCGCCGACAAGAAAUGGAAGCCCGCCGUGCCGGCCGCAUUCCGGCAAGAGAACAGAAUCGCGUGCUGCGUCUGCGACAGGAGCGCCUGGGGGAAAACGCUCCGAAUGACGAAGAAAAUGAAGUGAAUGGACCAAAACAACUGAUUCCAGCUUUCACUGAUCUGAUCCGUCGUAUAGUGCUUAUUCAGGAACCCAGUGGAAAUGUGAAACUGCUUGACCUAGACACCGACGAAGGCCGGGACCUAAUUUGGCGGGUAACGGAGCGUGUUGAAUCAGAAGAAGAGAAGGCAGAAGCCCUACGGAAACUGAAGGUCAAGCUGGGACAACUUUGAACAAAGGGAAACAAGUCAGAAUAAGUAGAUUAAAGUGUAAAAUAGAGGCUGAUGUAAGAUAUGUGAAUAAAUUGUAUCAUCCCACAAGUGGAUCGCAAAAA